ACAAAGUGUGCACACAGAAAUUGGUUGUAUAGUACUACACGCUAGCAGUCCCCUUAUUUCAUCCGCUACAGACAGUGGACGGAGCAUAUUCACGAUUGUCAGACGAAUAUGAUCACCCAAAAAGACCUGAUGAUUGGCUGAUUUCGAUGAAGAGAAGAAAGAAGAUCAAGACACGAGCAGAAAAAGAUAGAGAUUCAACAUGGGUUUCUCUAAAGACAAUCUAAAAGGCAUCAUCUUGGCUUUGUCAUCAAGUGCGUUUAUAGGGGCAAGCUUCAUUAUCAAGAAAAAAGGCCUUAGAAGAGCUGCUAUAGCUUCCGGUGUUAGAGCUGGUGUUGGUGGAUUCUCUUAUCUCUUGGAGCCUCUCUGGUGGUUGGGCAUGUUGACGAUGAUUGUUGGGGAGGUUGCAAAUUUUGUUGCUUAUGCAUUUGCGCCAGCAGUUCUUGUCACCCCACUUGGUGCAUUAAGUAUUAUUAUUAGUGCUGUGUUAGCGCACUUUAUCUUGAAUGAGAAGUUACAGAAACUAGGGAUCCUGGGUUGUGUGAUGUGCAUUGCUGGUUCUAUUAUAAUUGUGAUUCAUGCACCACAGGAGCACCCUAUAACUUCUGUUCAGGAAAUAUGGACUAUGGCAACUCAAUCAGCUUUUUUGCUUUACGUGGCCUCAGUGAUUGUGCUUGUUUUUAUUCUGGCCUUCCAUUUUUCGCCACAGUGUGGGCACUCAAAUGUCCUAGUUUUCACCGGCAUUUGCUCGUUGAUGGGCUCUCUUUCGGUGAUGAGUGUUAAAGCCGUUGGAACUGCACUAAAAUUAACAUUUGAAGGAAACAACCAAUUACUCUAUCCGGAGACAUGGUUUUUUAUGUUUGUCGUUGCUACAAGUGUCAUCACUCAAAUGAAUUAUCUCAACAAGGCACUUGAUACGUUCAACACUGCAGUUGUUUCGCCCAUUUAUUAUGUCAUGUUCACAUCACUUACAAUUCUUGCCAGUGUCAUCAUGUUCAAGGAUUGGGAUGAUCAAAGCAUGGGAAGCAUUGUUUCUGAAAUAUGUGGCUUCGUUGUUGUGCUUUCUGGCACUGUCCUAUUACAAACAACCAGAGAAUUUGAAAGAAGUUCAUCUUUUAGAGGUGGCUAUGCACCUUUAUCCCCCACCUUAUCCACCGGACUCUGCAGUGGGAAUGGGGAAUUUCUGAGGCAUGAAGAGGGAGACGUGCCAUCUAUAGAUGAGUUUUGCUUACAAAAACAAUAAAUGACCGUCUUGGAAGGGACCCUUCUGCUUCAACUAUUCCAAGUUUUUCCAAUGACGUCCCCAUCAGAUGAUAUUGUUACAGCACCUAUUCUGGAUCCAUUAAAAAGAAAAAACCAAGAAUAGGAAAGUACAUGGGGCUGGUUGUUUUAGUGGCUCUCCUUUGCAGGCAUCAUUGAAAAUUUGCUUUUAAGAACUUUUGUGCAGAGCGCUACUUUUUGAGGUACAUGUUUGUUUGGUGUUUGUCAAGAUUGUUGGGGAGAGGAAUUGUGUGAUCAAACUUCCUGAAAUGUCAGACAGCAGAUCCAGAAACCUGAAUCUUAUUGAAGCUGUGAAAUUCAUGUGUUGACAGUGAAGGCGCAGACUCUGCAUGUAGGGUAGUUUUUGUUAUCAAUUGUUUAUAGGUGUGUAGAUUGAUUAUUUAUUGUUUAUAAGCUAAAGGUAUGAAGAGGGGAAAUAUGUAUUCUUUGAUCAGGUUAGCAUUCUAAAUUUGACAGCAUCAAUUGUUGAAGAGUUUACAAAUUUUUU